AGAGAUGAUGCAUCCCGCGGAACUGCCCUUUUACCAACAACUUUUUUUCACUUUUUCUCUCGCGCCUUGGCUCCUUUUCAGAAAACGGCUUCUUUCUCCUUUCUCCCUUAUUUUUUACUUUUUUAAUUCAUAUAAUGAGACUUGUAGUACGACAAGAUUACGAAGAAGUGUCUGCAUGGACUGCUCAUUACAUUAAGGAGCGUAUUAAUCAAUUCCAGCCUAGCAAGGAAAGACCUUUCGUUCUUGGUCUCCCUACUGGUAGUAGUCCAGUGGGAACUUACCACAGACUUAGCGAGUUCUGCAAAGCAGGCGAACUAUCGUUCCAACAUGUGGUCACAUUUAAUAUGGACGAAUACGUCGGUAUUCCAAGGCACCAUCGCGAAUCAUACUACACGUUCAUGUAUACUCAUUUGUUUCAGCAUAUUGACAUCCUGCCUGAAAAUAUUCACGUGUUGGAUGGCAAUGCACCAGAUUUGGAAGAAGAGUGUCGACGAUACGAAGCAACUAUUCUUGCACAUGGUGGAAUUGAGAUGUUUCUCGGCGGUAUUGGCCCUGAUGGCCAUAUUGCAUUCAAUGAACCCGGCUCCAGCUUGACCAGCCGUACGCGCGUCAAGACACUGGCAUACGAAACGAUCAUUGCAAAUUCGCGGUUUUUCGAUGGAGAUAUUACCAAGGUGCCCAAACUGGCAUUAACCGUCGGUGUGGCUACGGUGAUGGAUGCUCGUGAGGUUUGCAUCAUCAUUACUGGAGCACAUAAAAGCAUUGCGUUGGCCAAAUGUGUAGAAGAGGGCGUAAACCAUAUGUGGACCGUAUCUGCAAUUCAGAUGCACCCCAAGGGCUUAAUAGUGUGUGAUGAAGAUGCAACGCUAGAAUUGCAUGUAAAGACCGUCAAAUACUUUAAAUCAAUCGAACACGUGCACCAAGCAUUAAUCGGCCAAGAAAACCUUGGCCUUCAAGGCGAACUUUUGUCUAAUACUAUGCGCACCUCGACGACUGCAGGACGUGAAAUGCUGGUCAGACAGCUGCUGAGUGGAGAUGAGUCGGAGGGCAAGGCAGACGACGGUGAAGAGCCAAUGUCUCCCGAUGAUGACAAUGAUAGUAUGCAGCCAGAAAGUCCUAGUGCAGGAAGAGAGCAAAGCCCAUCCAAGAAACGGCGCACAACAGCCGAUAUGGCAGCGGGAACCAUGCCAGCACCGCCAUCCGGUCCGUGAUUAGGUCUGUAAUAAGUGGACGACCCCGAACUGAAAAUAUACACCAGCUCUGUUGCAGUUAAAAGGUCCCAUCUCCUACUUCAUCCUUUUCUACCUUCCACCAAUAGUCAUCCGUCACUUCCCCAAACCCAUAACUCCAGUCAUAAUUCCUGUUUGUCCACUACAUCUUAUGUUGCUUUUCCGUCCCCUCUUUUUCAGCUUGACCCUCUUGUAAAUUGCGCGCAAAUAUCAUACCACACACACACACACACACACAUACAACCUGUUAAUACUUUUUUGUACCUAUUUG